ACAAACUUUUUCCAACUCAUUCCAGUUUUUGAAGUAACCGCAAUAGUUGCGCCCCCUAUCGGUCUUCACAACUUCCUUUUCCGGUCUAGAACCGUAGCGAGUCAGCAAUCAUGGCUCCAAAAGGGAACAACAUGGUGCCCAAUGGGCACUUCCACAAGGACUGGCAGCGCCGUGUUAGGACAUGGUUCAACCAGCCAAUGAGAAAACAGAGGAGACAAGAUACACGUGUGCAGAAAGCUCGUGCCAUUGCCCCUCGCCCUGUCAAAGGUUAUCUGCGCCCAAUUGCACGAUGCCAAACCUUCAAAUACAACACUAAAAUCAGGGCUGGUCGUGGAUUUACUCUUGAAGAACUGAAGCAAGCCGGUAUCAACAAGAGGCAAGCCAGAUCCAUUGGUAUUUCAGUUGACUUCCGUCGUCGCAACAAGACGGUGGAAUCUCUGCAGCAGAAUGUGCAGCGUCUGAAGGAGUACAACUCCAAACUUAUCCUCUUCCCACGCAAGGAAAGCAAACCCAAGAAGGGAGAUGCAACGGCUGAACAGAUCAAGACAGCCACCCAACUCAAGGGAGACAUCAUGCCCAUCAGACAGGUGCACAGAAGUGAGAAGGCUCGCAAGAUCAGCAAGAGAGAGAAGAGAUUCAGUCCCUUCGCCGCUCUGCGUAGUGCUCGCGUCAACGCCAGGCUGUUCGGGAAGCGUGAAAAGAAGAAGAGGGAGGCUGCUGAGAAGGAAAAGUAAAGCAAACUGUAAAAAGCUGUGGACAUUAAAAAAAAAGGAAAAAGA